UCAGUCAGUCAGGACACACCAGAACUGAAGAAUGAUGUUUAACACAGUUUUCUGUGUGGCUGGAGCUGUACUUCUCAACAUUGCAGGCUGUCUGGGUCAGUCAGAUGUCUGUGGUCGAGCGCCUCUCAACACCAAGAUUGUUGGUGGACUGAAUGCAACAGAAGGGUCUUGGCCCUGGCAGGCCAGCAUUAACUUCAAGUCAACAGGACAAUUUUUCUGCAGCGGGUCACUAAUCAGUGAAAGAUGGGUUUUGACAGCUGCUAGCUGCUUUCAGAGAAUUAAUGUGUCUGACGUUGUGAUCUACUUGGGACGUCUGACCACAAAUGGCUCAAACCCAUAUGAGAUACCCAGGACAGUGAUUCAAGUCAGUGUCACCGAAGAUAUAGCACUUGUCCAGCUCUCUUCCUCCGUGACUUUCACUGAUUACAUUAGGCCAGUGUGUCUGGCUGCUGCUGGUAGUGUGUUUGUUGACGGGACAGAGAGUUGGGUCACAGGAUGGGGCUCGACUAGUUCGACAAAUGUAAUCCUUUCUGAUAUGCUGAAGGAGGUGGAGGCCCCUAUUGUGAACAACAUUGAAUGCAGUAAUAUCAAUGGAAUCACAAAUUUAGACAACGUAAUAUGUGCUGGAUUUGUAAAUGAGACAGGAAAAGCCCCAUGUUGGGAAGAUUUUGGAAGCCCACUGGUGACUAGACAGGGCUCCCAGUGGAUUCAGUCUGGAGUUGUAGUCUUUACGUUUUGUGGUCAAAAUGGCUUUCCUACUCUAUAUGCCAGAGUGUCUGAAUAUGAGGAGUGGAUCCGCAACUACACCAGCAGCAGUCUGCCUGGAUUUCUCUCAUAUCCCGUCAUUUACACUUUCAUGAAUGAAGGAUCAGUCAACGUCCCCUCAUUUCUUGUUCUCACAUUCUCCAUCAUCACUCUCUUCAUCUCACGCUUCUUUUGAAGACUGAGUUAUGAUGAUUUCUGGGAUGUGGUACUAUAAUUAUUACAAUACUUCUUAUAAUUAUAAUAUAUACUUCUAGAGCAAUUCCUGUUUUUACUUAAGAUUAAUUAUUAGGGAGAGAUUUUGUUGGUGUUUAAUGUUUUAUUUUGAGAUUUCUAUAUCUUUAAAGUUUCUACACAUUUUUGUUUUAUUUGUUUUAUUUUUCCUUCAUUCUCUGCGUUUGACAGUUCAUUACAAAAGCAUAUGUUUGCCCUCUUUCUUUUUAGUAUAGGUCACAAUUCACUGCAUUAACAAACCAUCAACUAACACCACUAUCCUAAUAAACCACAAAUUAGCUGAUUAUUAAUAGUUACGGUUGAAGUUGGCAUGACAAUAAGAUUAUCAGUUAUAAAUACUAAUUAACAGUUAAUAUCUUAAUAAUAAACAGGUAAUAAGCCAGUAGUCAGCAUGAAUUGUGAUCUAAACUAAAGAGUUACCCUAAAAUCACGUUUUACCAGUGGAUAAUAUCAAAUGCUAGAUUUAAAAACAUCAAUAGCUCACAAAUAAUUACCUCCAUCAUAAGCAUCUUUAUCCAUGCUGUGACCACAUAUAAUCAAAUAAGUGUAUCAGCAGAUGGCGCC